AUGGCGCCAUCAACAGCAUUUCUGGUGCGUCGUCUUCUCGUGAUAAUUAGCUUCACGGCCAUCUUCUUUGCCACCGGGUUUGUCGUAAGCUAUCCUGAUAAAAAAGAUAGAGUGUGCAUUCAUGGGCCAGAGAGUCAUUUCGACUAUGCUUGGAACGAGACGAGAUUGGCUGGUACGAACGUGCAGGUUGAGGUGCUCAAGUCCAUGGAGGACAGGCUGGACGAUGUUUCCCAGGGCUUCGUGGAUGUGUGCACUGGGGGAACUUUCGACGGCAGUGGCGACGGUCACGACCAAUACGGAACAGACAUCUUCGUCUUCGUGGGUUGUAGGUUUGGCAUGCAAGACGAAGACUGCCGGAAUUGCGUGGGGAAUGCGACCGAGACCGUACGUGCCAACUGCCCUGAUGCGGUCGGGGCUCAGGCCGCGACGGGGCACUGUUGUGUUCGAUACGAGACUUACCCGUUCUGUUUCGAAUGA